UGACCCCAUCCAGCAGGAGCUGCACAGACCUGCAGGAGCUGCUGGCAGCACAUCACCCGGGCACUCCCUGCACCUCCACCCUCCCAAACCGUGUUUGUGUCUCUCUGGCACCCUGCAGACAGGCACACAGCAUUUUCCACGCCUGAUUUCAGUGCCAGCAUGGCUGGCUCGGGUCAGGCUCCCUGGCUGCCAGGRGAAACUCCUGAGCUGUGUAACAGGAUGUGAAUGUGGGAAAAACCAGAAAAUGCCACUAAAAAUCAUCUGCUUCUUCCUCUGCACUCUGAGGGCACCAAAUCUCACAGGAGCAGAUGUUUCCUUGCCACCACCUCAGAAUAUCUCCAUUAUUUCAACCAACAUGAAGCACUUCCUAACUUGGAGUCCUGUGAUCGUCCAGGGAGCAACUGUGAGAUACUCAGUUGAGUUUCAGGGGGAAUACGAACGGGAAUACGCCAACGAGAGCUGGAUCCCUGUCUCGGAGUGCUCCCUCACCACGGCCACCGUGUGCAACCUCACCGAGGACAUCUCGGCCACUGUGGCCUACAGGCUGCGGGUCAGGGCACAGCUGGGUGCCACCAGCUCACCAUGGGGCACCCUGAAAGGCUUCUUCAAUCGUGCCACGACUUCCCUGACCCCACCCCUGCUGAAGGUCAUGGCAGAUGGGUACCAUCUCCUGGUGGAGCUGGCAGACAUGGGACCUGCCUUCCAGUUCYGGCUGCUCUACUGGAGGAAGGGCCAGGAGAGCAGGGUGCAGCAGCAGCUGGUGAGGGAGGUGAGCUCCGUGCUCCACCUGGCCACCAUGGAGGCCGGAGCCGAGUACUGUGUGAGRGCCCAGGCCMKYGUGGAGGCCAUCGGCAGGAGCAGCRGCUUCAGCCCGGCACAGUGCGUGCAGGCCCCGGGUGACACAUCCCUCUGGCUGGCCACUGCCCUCAUCUCCUCCGCUGGCGUCGCUGUGGCAGCUUUUACCCUGCCUCUCCUGACCUGGAAAAUCUGUAAAAUUUUUCAGUAUUUCUGCUGCCCUGCUGCUGUCCUGCCUGACACACUGAAGGACUCAGAGCCCCCCAUCCCGCUCAUCCUGCAAGGCAGUGAAGAAGCUGAGCACUGUGACCUGAUGGUGGUGGUGGUGCCCUCAGAAGAAGCUCUCCAGCUAUGGAUUCAAAAAACACUUUAGAGCAUCCCAGAAAACCAACAGGCCCUUUGCAGCAUUUUCACCCACCUACAUGAAAAGCAAGUAAAGGUGACAGCUGCCAGUUCCUGUCCUUCCCUUCCAUCACAUYCUGACCUAGGAGCAGGCAGAAGGUGACCCACACUCCCUUUUUCAGUCACAUUGGAGCUCACCCCUCAGCCACCAGGAUUUCCCCACAGCAAUCCAUGGAGAGCCCAGUCCCCCAGUUCCAAACCAUUUCAGCCUCAGUGGUUUUACCUCAGUAAGAGCUUCUCACAUAGCUGAACCAGCUGGAAUGAGCAGGGGAGAAAAUGCAGACUUCAAAGUGAGGUAGAACUCUUUAAAAAGGGUGUUGGCAGUGAGUGAGUGCAGCAACCUAACCUGUGACAGGUCACAGYGCUGGUGCCACCAAAAUUGCAGACAGCACCACGAGGGAUGCCUGGCUCUCAGCAGGGCUUAGGAGGGAGCAAUGUGGGAAAUAGCCAGACCUCAAAAGUGGUCAGAGGGAGCCCCAGGAACCUUCUGGGGAGCAGAGCUGUGCAAGGCCAGCAGCAUCACUGACAAUGGACAGCCCCAACAUUGCUGGUCAGGGAGUCAAAAAUGUAAGAGCUGUGUACACAUGAAGGAAAAAUCGGGGUCUUUGGGGAGGAGAAAAUUAGRUGUGAAUUAUUUAAAUGAGAGGGGAUUGGUGUGGAGAAAGGGAAAAGACAGAGAAAGGUAGGCUUGAGAAAUAGUAAAAGAAAUAGGAAAAGAGACAAAAAGAUUUGUGAAUGGUGGUCAGGAUUGUCCAGGGUGACUGCUGGGCAUUGCUGUGGUUCAACAGCACACCUGGAGCAGGRCAGGAAUUAUUUCACACAAGGCAGACAUGUUCUUGUGGCCAGGGAGCCAGGGUGAGGGGCAGUGCAGUGCUUACCUUGGCAAACACAAAUAUCAGGUGAUAUGGAUCAAGCAUCACAGCAUCACCAUAUUAGUAACAGCUCCAGGCCUCACA